CGGCAGCGGGACGGAAGGGAGAAAUCCAACAUGGCGGCCCCCAGCGCCGCCGAGACAUUGCCUCUGGCCGUUUGCCGAUUUUCGUCCAUGGAUGAGAUGCUACGGGCGUUUGAGUUCUACAAAGACGAAACUCGAAGUUCAUGGCGGUGUUGUAAAACGGAGAAAACGUUUGGAACCCCUGCUCACAAUAUGUUCAAGGAUAACAGGCAAAUAAAAUUGCUAAAAUGGUCUAUAACAGCAGAGAGAGGAAUCAGUGUCCCAUUUAGUGGAAUUCCCUUCAUCUUCUUGGGCACAAAACUGUGGACCUGUCAUCAGGGUCCAGAUUUGGAUGCCAAGGUGAAAGAAAAUAGAAAGAAAAAGAAAGAACAGCAACAGGAAAAGGACCAUAGUUUCAUCAAAAGAAGAAAAUUAAAACAGGAUUCAAAAAAAGUAGACUGUCCAGCUAUGGUGUAUAUGACACACUUAUUGUACUUUCCUGAAUAUAAGAUUGAUGGAAAUAAGGAACGAUUAAGAAAAUCUAUGUCCAAACAUCUGAGAGAUCACCUGUCAUCUGGUAAAAAGGUCGGAGCAGAAGAGGCUUUCUAUCUAAAAUUACCUCAUCCUUCCUGCCAUGAGAGGCAUCCAGUGCAUGGUGUGAGGUGCCUGGAAUUAUCAAUAUCGGCUGGCUGCAAAAUUUCCAGUUAUGUACAUCAGCCAGAAACUGCAGCUAGUGGUGGAAGUCCUCUCUCUGACCAACCUUUUGAUGUAGAAAAAGAAAAGUGUGCAGACGAGACAACAGCCAGUGCUUCUAUUGAUAGUCAAUCUCCAAAGAAAGUCUUCAAAGACCUCCCAAGUCGUAAAAGGAAAUCACGUUCUGCUAGUAUGAGAGAGAAGUGCCUUUCAUAUUUGAAGUCAAUGAUUGAUCAAAUAUACCUCAUACAAGAUGAAGAUGUCCUUGCUGAGUAUGAAGUGAGAUUACAGGUAUUGUUAGAAGAACUGGGAGGACAUGUACCAACUCUGAACAAGCUACCAAGGAAGAACAGAACCCCUUAAAAGAAAAAAAGCUGCUAUUGCCAUUAAGAGAAAGUAUGCAGCAAUGCCAAGAAGAACCUUUGGAAAGAAAAGUAAUAAAUUCACAAACAGAGUUGGGAAGAAGGCAGAAAAAAUGAAGAUAUCCUUCAAAGUUCCCAUUUCCAUUGCAGAAGAAAAAAUGGAGAAUAUCUGGCAUUUGGAGUUGCAGGCUUAAAUAGCACAUUAAUGAUGUCACAUACCAAUCUUUCCUACCCAACCUGCAGAAGUAGAGGCCGUACAGUGCCACCACAUUGGUCAACACUGGGUUAAAUUCGUUGUGUCUUCAUCUAUAGGUGGAUGCAUUACAGUUUAAGAGUCUCUGUCAACCAAUAUCAAUUUUUCCCUCCGCCAGCAGCUUGUGCCCCUAUACAAAUUAUAUUCAAACCAUGAUGGUCUUCUUACUGUCAAAGUUGUUUGCCCACAAAUGCAGAUAGGGCAAUCUGACUGUGGACUGUUUGCUAUUGCCAAUGCCACAUCUCUUCUCUUAGGUGACAAUCCUAAGAAUGUUACUUGGGUCCAGUCAGAGAUGAGGUCUCACCUUUUGAAGUGCUUUAACGAGAGUCAGAAACUGACUUUAUUUCCCUGUGAAAGACCCUCAACUCAGAGACAUAGUGCACAAGAAAU